UGGUUAUAUGACCAAAUUCAAAUAUAUACUACAAGUUACUUCAUGUUCUAAAGCUUCAAGAGGUUCAAAGCUGCUGACAUCCUGCGAGAAUACAAGUUUUCCAGGUUUAGAAGUCAUCAUCGUUGCUGUUGUCAGUCAGCAUUGAACAAUUUGAAGUGUAUUUGGUUUACAUAUCUUUCGUUUGGUUUUGGAGGUAUCAUGGGUUCUAUGGAUAGAUCAAAAAAGAGACUUCAAUUAUGGAAGAAAGCUAUGUUGCAUUUUUCGUUGUGUUUUGUCAUGGGGUUUUGCACGGGUUUCGCUCCCGCUGGUACUAGUAGUUCUAUAUUCAAGUUACAAAUCAAAUCGAGCCAGCGGUAUUCAGAACGAGAAUUUUCGCCAGAACCUCUAGAAAGACUACACCAAGUUGAGAACUCGAAUAGGAGUUUAAUUGCAGAAACUCCGGUAGCCGUUCCAACUAGUACACAAAACUACACGGGAGAAAAUACACAAACUGAAGAAGUGGAAGAAGAAUGGGUUCCUUUGAAACAACUAAUAGUUAUAAUUCCGACAAAUUCGAAUGAUCGUUUGCAAGGGCCAUUCAUGAAAAGACUGGGAUAUACACUGAAGUUGGUUCCUCAACCACUCUUAUGGAUAGUUGUUGAGUCUAGUUCGGAUUCCUCUGAGUUAUCCGAGAGUUUGAGGAAAACUGGAAUUAUGUACAGGCAUAUAGUUUACAAAGAGAAUUUCACCGAUUCAGAUACAGAAAUGGAUUAUCAAAGAAACCUCGCUCUUAAUCAUAUCGAACAUCAUCGUCUUAAUGGAAUUGUUGUUUUCGCGGGAGUUUACGAUGUCUAUGACCUUGAGUUCUUUGAAAAGAUUAGAGAAAUUGAGGAUUUUGGAACAUGGCCAUCCGCAACAUUAUCAGCAAACAGAAAGAGGGUAGUAAUUGAAGGACCAGUUUGUGACAAUGAGCAAGUUGUAGGCUGGCAUAUAAGGAAUACAAGUAGAGAUGAUUCUUCGAUUAGUAUAUCAAACAUCGGAUUCAAUAGCUCAAUUCUUUGGGAUCCAGAAAGAUGGGGUCGACUUUCUUCAAUCCAAGAUACUUCUCAGAAUUCUAUCAAAUUUGUUCAAGAAAUGGUACUUGAAGACGAGACCAAAUUGAAGGGAUUGCCUGAAGAAGGUUGUUCUAAAAUUAUGUCGUGGCAUCUUCAUUUACCUUCUUCAGUUCACGGAAUCCGACACUAACUAACGAGACCUUUUGUCAUCCUUUAGAUACUACUAGGAGAGUAUAUACGUGCAAGGCCAAAAGAAAAGAGUGAUACAUAAAUUUGAUUGUUGUAAUAAUUUGCCUUCAGUAGUUUUUCUCCAAUCUCACUAUCACAAAAGAACUGUUGCUAUUCAUUUGUGGUUCACUGUUUUCAUUUCAUCAACGAAAGCUCAAAUUCGGUCUUCUUCGUUGAA